AUGGGGCUGGUCGUGUUCUACUCCCUUACCCCCAACGGCGAGAUUGACCUCACCAGCCUCCACGCCAGCUGUCCCACACUUAAAGGGGAGAAAUGGAGUGCCACAAAAUGGAUCCACGUCAGCGGAUUCAGGCAGAACGCAGACCACCAGAAGGCCAAGUGGAAGGGCUGCGCCGACCAGAACGAGUACUGCGGGGCCUGGGCCGCCACCGGGGAGUGCGAGAAGAACCCCGGCUACAUGCGCCUCAACUGCCGCCUUGCCUGCAAGCUGUGCAGCCCGGCCGCGGCUGGGGCGGUGGCAGGGGCGCCCUCGGAGCCGUCCAAAGAGCUGUGA